UCUUCUAACCCCAACAAACUCUCUCUCUCUCUCUCUAUAUAUAUAUAUAUAUAUAUAUAACACAACCCUUUUUUGCUUUUUCCAUAUUUUGGUUCCAAGAAGAUCUCAAACAUGAGCCCUGCAAAGUUUCAUGGUGACCAUGAGAUUUCAAAGUGGGAGACGAUCAAAGGUCCACGUCCAUCACCAUUGAAUAUCAACAAGGGGUCCCAUGUCAUUCAGAAACCAUCUUUCUCUUCAUCAUCAUCUUCUUCGGUGGUUUCUGAUUGUGUUGGUACCACGAUGUUCAGGCAGCAACGAAAGCAACCAGUUAUUAUAUACACUCAUUCUCCAAAGAUAAUCCACACACAAGCUCAGGAUUUCAUGGCUCUCGUGCAGAAGCUCACGGGUAUGUCACAGCCCAAUGAUGAUGAUCAAACCCAGAAGAGUGAAAAGUUAUUGUCUGCGAAAGGAAAUGAUCGUAAGGUGAUCAAGCCUUUUGGGCAUGAUGAUCGUAAUGAUUCAUCUUCGGCUCCUACUGAAGAAAAUUGUGGUGAUGUCAAGGCAAGAUCGUCAUCUUUGUCACCAAUUUUUAACCAAACCAAUACAUAUUUUGCUGAUAUUCCUUUGUUUACCCCGAGUUCAAACAAUUUCUUCUGCUCGCCUAGGCCUGUUUAUAGAUAUCCUGAUUCUGCAUUCGUGUCGCCAAACAAAGGUAACUCGAUGUCACCGUCUGUUUUGGAAUUUAUAAAAGGGCUACCAGAAUAUUGAGAUUGAAUAUUGGAGGGGCUUAAGUCAGUUUGUUUGCAAAUUGCGACAUUUCCUUUGCGUUGUUCAUAGAUUGCUUUUUGUCUUUUAUUGUUUUCAGGUUUUUUAUUGUAUUUUUUGUUUUACGUUUCCAAUGUUAUAGAUUUCGACCAUACAGAGGUUAGAUAGCAUCGAAUAUGAAUUACAAGAGAUUUAUUUGAUUCAUUGGCCAUCAAAGGGAGGAUUGAUCUACAUAUCUCUCCUACCGGUUGGUGUGUGGCAUUGGUUUGUUAUACAUAGAGUGGUGCAUGUUUUUGAUGAUCAAGCUUUCUUGCACA